UAAAGUCUAGGUUCUGUGGGAGACGUGAGCCUCCUGGUUUCUCAACAAUAGCCCCUCUGAUUUCCCAUGAGUCUCCGCGCUUCAUGCCGCGGUGAGCGUGUCUGUCUGAAUCAACACUGAUGUUGUUAGUAAAUAUUUCGAGAUUUUAAAAGAUGUCUGAGCUGUUUAUGGAAUGUGAAGAGGAGGAGUUGGAGCCGUGGCAGAAGGCAGUACCCGAAAUCAAUCUAAUAGAUCUGGUUGAUGACGAGGAUGAUGAUGAUGAACCAAUAUUUGUCGGUGAAAUCUGUAGCUCCAAGCCUGCGGCCAGUACAAGACCAGGUGCCGUUAACCAACAGAACCAGCGAAAUGUCCCGGUUCAAAACCCCUCGAUGGUGGCAGCAUCACAAAAGACUCCCCAAACCCUGCCGAACCCUGCAAUGUUGGCUACAGGUCAUACACUCAUGGUCAGAGGCUCAGCCCCAUCAGGUGGUAACCCCAUCCUCAUCCCUCUCAACACAACUCUAGGACCUCAAACAGCCCCUCAACCCAUCAUCAUUAACAAUCAGGGUUACAUUGUGGCGUCACCACAGAAUCUCAACAGCAACACCUCGUUUAUCAGCUCUUUGGGGUCACAGUAUCCACCAGGAACCACUUUCACUGUUGUGCCAGCAGCAGGUCAGCAGAUAGUUUCACAGGUCAGUGCUGCACCAAAGCCAGGGGUCAUUCACAGGCCUCAAGUGCAGCUCAUCCAGGACAAUGUGGUGACCUUGUCCAACGUACAGGCCCCAGCUAACCUUUCUUCUCAAUCCCACACUACUUCAAUCUCUCAAAACACACCAGCCAUCACCCCAAUACUAGUUAAACAAAAAACGUUAUCCCUGCAACCUAUGAACAGUAGAGAUAAUGGCACAAGGAUAAAUGACACAAACAACAGUGUGUCCAAAGGAGCUGGAGAAAAUGAUUUUUCCGCCAGAAAGAAAUGUCCUAGGUGUCAAAAUGUGUUUGGCUUUCAGCAUUUAAAAAGUCACAUGAAGAUCUGCUGCCCUGAAUUGUUGGAUUCUGUGUUCCCCUCUACAUCAAAGCCUGACAAACAAGCCAAUUCACCGAAAGUCAUUGAGACUGACAAAGGCAAAAUGAUCAUGCUGGUUUCAGACUUCUACUAUGGGAAAUGUGAAGGGGAUUCAUCUCUGAUUUCCAAGUUCAAGUCCAACACCACAUUCAAGUGCAACAGCUGUUUGAAAAUGCUAAAGAACAAUAUCAGGUUCAUGAACCACAUGAAACAUCACCUGGAGUUGGAGAAGCAGAACAGUGAGAGCUGGGAGAGUCACACUACAUGUCAGCACUGUUACCGGCAGUAUUCAACUCCCUUUCAACUACAGUGCCACAUAGAGAGCGCCCACAGUCCCUUUGAGUCCACCACCAACUGUAAAAUAUGUGAAUUGGCUUUUGAGACGGAGCAAGUGCUUCUAGAGCACAUGAGGGACAAUCACAAACCUGGAGAGAUGCCCUAUGCCUGUCAGGUUUGUAACUACAGGUCCUCCUUCUUCUCUGAUGUGGAUAACCAUUUCCGCACAGUUCAUGAAAACACUAAAGACCUGCUUUGUCCCUUUUGCCUGAAAGUCCUUCGCAGUGGCCAUAUGUAUAUGCAACACUACAUGAGACAUCAAAAAAAGGGGAUUCAAAGAUGUGGGAAGUGCAGAUUAAAUUUCCUCACCUACAAGGAAAAAGUGGAACACAAAACACACUUCCAUCGAACCUAUAGGAAGCCAAGAAACCUUGAAGGAUUGCCUCCAGGAACCAAGGUGACAAUUCGGGCCUCAGUUUCUGGUGCACCAAUGUGUUCUGAUGUUUCAAGCAAAUCCUACAUCAUACCCACAAGUCCUGAAAUGGCCAAACAACCCGUCAGACCACCAGCAAACACAACCAAACCAAACUUAAAUGGAGGAAGGGCAAAGACCACAAGCCAAUUCAGCUUUAACCGAACCAUCCACAAUAAUGAGCUUAAACGUUUGAAACUUCCAAGAGGAGGACAUAAGUGUGUCGAGUGUCUCUCAGAGGUUAUGGACCCUUACGUUCAUUAUCCUUUAUCGCUGAGGUGCACUAUAUGCAAGUUUAGAUCAAGUUGCCAGAAGGCCUUCAGACAGCAUAUGGUCAGAUUCCACAGCAUUUCUUCAAAAGUACGGUUUGGCAAAGAGAGGAAGGCUCCACGUGGGUUGCGGAGUCUAACACUGGUGUGUCUCAAGUGUGACUUUCUGGCAGAUGCCUCUGGCGCUGACCAGAUGACCGAACAUUUGCUCAGCAGGCCAAACCACUCCUGCCAGGUCAUCAUGGAGCCAGUUACCAAUGGAGGAUCAGAAAUAAACAGGUCACUGGAAACCCACGAUGACUCCAAACAACUCCUUCCCAUUAAAUCAGAUACUGAGGCUAGAGAUGAGACGGAACCCAUUGAGAUCAGUGAUGUGCAAGCUAUACCAAACGAGGACAACGUAACGGAGGAUGUGUCAGAGGUUCUUGGAGCUGACAAAAGUGACCCAGACGAGGUGAAGGAUGACAAAAAGGGGGCCACUCUUGAUGUGUCAGAGGAGGAAUCACCCAAGAGCCUUUCCCCUCACUCACCCUCUAAGGCUCCUGUCAGCCCUAUUUCUGCCCUCCCAGGUGAAGGUGGCAUAACUCCCACUGAUUUUCUCUGUAAAACGGAUGGAAUUGAUUCUGUUAACACAGACUCGCAACUGGAACCUCUCACUCCUUCCAAGGUCCUUGAGGACGAUGCCACUGAGAACUCGCAAGUGGAAAUGGAUGGUUAACUGCAACAAACAAGACUGAGAAUCCCCUGAAACAUCGUGAGACUCUAUACGCAGCAAAGUUUCUCACUGACUCGCUCUCCAUCUCCCCCUUUUUUAUAUAAAAUAUGCAUUAAUAGGAACUUUGUUUCCUGGACCCAAAAUGAGGUGAAAUCAAUACUGUGCUAAAACAUGACUUUAAAAUCUUAUACUGUACGAAUACAAUAUUUCUCUACUAGUGUAAGGAUUGUAAAGAAGCGCCCUCUAGAUUGAAACUGAGUUGUGAAGGCAGCAAUGUGAAUGUUCUUCUCUACAUAUGAUUAUUUUAUAGUCCUUCUGUCUGCAGUUGUGGUGUCCAUUUGGACUACAGAUGAUCACACAAAACAGAGACAUAAAACGAAUGAACUUGG